GGAGUCCCACUCUGUUGCCCAGACUGGAGUGCAGUGGUGCAGUCUUGGCUCACUGCAACCUCCACCUCCCAGGUUCAAGCGAUUCUCCUGCCUCAGCCUCCCGAGUAGCUGGGAUUACAGGCGCCCGCCACCACGCCCGGCUAAUUUUUAUAUUUUUAGUAGAGAUGGGGUUUCACCAUGUUGGCCAGGCUGGUCUCGAACUCCUGACCUCAGGUUAUCUGCCCGUCUCGGCCUCCCAAAGUGCUGGGGUUACAGGCGUGAGCCACCGCACCCGGCCUCAGUGACUUUAGUCAAGUAAGCACAAAAAGGAAUAUAUAAUUCCAAAUUGUGAUAAAUGCUAUGAAGAAAAGUAACGUGCUCUGACAAAGGAGGGAACGAAUGUGAUCUAGGGAGUCAGAGAUCUCUCCGAGAAGAGAUCUGAAAUAGGAGUAAGUUGAGAGGGGGAAGAGAAUGCUAGACCACGUGCCAAAGCCGCGUGGUGGAAAGGGGCGUGCGGGAGGGUAGCUGCGGAGAGGGAGGGUAGAGGACGAAGCCAGAGAGGCAGACGGAGGGCAGGACGCGCAGAGCCCCGCGGCUGCCGCCUUAGGGGUUGUCCCGGUGGUGGGGAAGCCACUGAGGAGUUUAAAGCCGGAAGGUGGUGACUAAUCAGAUUUCACUUGAAAAUGGCACGGUGUCUGCAGCGAGGCCAGCUGAUGGGAAGGGCCCAGCGAAUGCCAAUAGGAGAGAGCACCGGACCUGGAAGGCCUGGAUCAACGCGGCUCCGCGCGGGAGCGAAGCGGUUCCGGCGCAGGGGACCGGCGCGCGGCUCCGCGGAAAACCGAACCGGCCCACGUGGGACCGGCAGCUCCGCCCAGCUGCGCAGACGCCGCCUGACUCGGCAGUCCUGGUCUGGGGCUGGGCGCGCUGCCCGGGAGCACCGCACCCACGCCUGGACCGCGGAGACGCCCAGGCCGAGGAACCCCCAGCCCAGACACUAGACACCACCGGGGCCGGGCGGAGCCAGAGCCAGACGCGCCGGAGCGGGCGCCUCUAGGCCGGUUGCAUAGCAGUUAGAUCUGGGCUGAAGACAGAUCUGAGAGUCACCAGCAUAUGAUGGUCCUUGAAGCUACAGCAGAGAAUGAGGUCCUCUGGAGAGAAAUGCACAAAAUCAGAAGACAGCCUCUGAGGACUGAGGAAAAACCCUCUGCAGGAGACUGAGAAUGAACAGGUAGACAGGGAGGACGAAAACCGUGAAGGGAAGUGUUACCAGCGUCAAGAGAAAGGGCUUGACAGGGAGUGGCCAGGCUCUUGCUUGCAGCCUUGUCCCUGCAGCUAAGUUGCCCUGACUUCAGGCACCCCACCCUGUCCUACUGUGACUUGGUCUCCUACUUUCCCUUUACAGACUAGAUGUUCGCCAUCCAGCCAGGGCUAGCUGAGGGGGGCCAAUUCCUGGGGGACCCACCUCCUGGAGUAUGUCAGCCUGAGCUCCAACCAGACAGCAACUCCAACUUCAUGGCAAGUGCCAAGGAUGCUAAUGAGAAUUGGCAUGGGAUGCCAGGCAGAGUGGAACCUAUCCUGAGGAGGAGCUCCUCGGAGUCACCCUCUGACAACCAAGCCUUCCAGGCCCUUGGAUCCCCUGAGGAAGGGGUGCGCAGCCCCCCAGAGGGGGCAGAGAUUCCCGGGGCUGAGCCUGAGAAGAUGGGUGGUGCUGGCACAGUCUGCUCCCCUCUGGAGGACAACGGCUAUGCCAGCAGUUCCCUGAGCAUCGACAGCCCUAGCAGCAGUCCUGAGCCUGCCUGUGGGACCCCGAGAGGCCCUGGCCCUCCCGAUCCCCGUCUGCCCUCAGUGGCCCAGGCUGUACAGCACUUACAAGCCCAGGAGCGCUACAAAGAGCAGGAGAAGGAAAAGCACCACGUGCACUUGGUGAUGUACCGUCGCCUGGCACUGCUCCAAUGGAUCCGGGGCCUGCAGCAUCAGUUGAUUGACCAGCAGGCCCGACUGCAGGAGAGCUUCGACACCAUCCUAGACAACCGGAAGGAGCUUAUUCGCUGUCUCCAGCAGAGGGCAGCACCAUCCAGGCCCCAGGACCAGGGCUAAGGGUGUGCCUCUACAAGUGUGCAAGGGUAUAUGUAUAUAUUUGCAGGCAUGUGUGAGGUUGUGCACUAGUAAGUACAUAAUUUGCUGGCAUGAUUGCAGGUAGGCAUGAGUGUGUAUGUGCUAACAUGUAGGCUGGUGUGUGUAGGCAUGUGUGAAUAAGCAUGUAUAAAUGAGCUUAAGUGUGCUGUGUGCACAUGUGUACACACAGCUAAUUUAUCUGCAGACCUAUAUGUGAGCAUGUAAGAGUGAACAUAUGUGUGUGUGUGUAGUAUGUAAGAAUGAGGAACUCUGUAUGUGCAUGUGUAGACAGGUAGCCAGCAGUGUGUGUAUAUGUGCAUGAGUGAGGAUGUAUAUGCAGAAGAUGUGUGUGUCUAUGAGUGAGUUUGUGCAGGCUUGUGUUAGGUGUAUGUGAGGGAGCCUUUGUGUGUGCAGAGGUGCACAUGUUUGGCCGCAGGCAUGGAAGGUGUAAGGAGCAUGUGUGUUUGCAGGCAGACUCAUGAGCAGGUGUGUGCAAAUAUAUAUCCAGCUGCACUGUGGGGUGUCCACCCACACCUUGUGUUCCUCAUGGCCUACCCUAGCCUUUCUUCUCCACUGGGUCCCACUGUUCCCUGGAGACAGAGGGCUAGCAUGCUGUCAUUUAUCUGAGGGUUGUGGCUGACCCAUUCUCCUGGGAUUUCCCAGGCCACCUCUCCUUUCCCUUUCCCUCACUUAACCCAGACUUGCUCAGCUGAGGCUAUUGUCCCUGAUGUUGGCUUUGCUUGUAGGAGGUUUAGUGGCUGCUCUGGCCUGCCAUGGAAUUUUGGCUGCAAUUUUGGCAGUGGGUGGAGAACUGGUAUCAGGAAUGGGAACCGGGAGUAGUGAUGAAGAUGAUGGUGGGGGUGGGGACAGAGGACAUAGGGGACUGUCCCUCUUGAACUCUGCCUUUGGGCACAUGGGAGAUGGGGACAGGAGGGAUGAUAACAGUGGAACGCUGUGAAGAACAGGAGAAUGGGAAUUCUAAAAUACCAGUUCCCAAACAAACCAUCUCUCCAUUGGAAAAAGAGCUGUUGCAAACCCUGUUCAUUUAAGCUUCUGAUGAAAAGCAAUGUAUGUUUAUAAGCUUGCAAGUAACAGACAAGAUGUUCCAAGGCUGAUGAGGAAAAUAUCGCUUCCCUGUCUCUGCCUCUACCUUGCUGUGCCUCUCUGGCUUUAGCAGCAUUGGAUGUUGAAUUGGUUUGGUUCAUUUCUCUGAAGUCGGACUGUCAGGGGGAGCCAGAGGUUGGCUUUCUGGAAUGGGAAGGGGACAGUGACAGCCUAAGCCUCUGGAAAUGCUUAGGAUGCUGAAUUUUAACCCCUUCUUUCACUGCAUGGCCCUUCAAACAGGGAUUGGCAAGCUCCGUGAGUUACAGAGUGGGUGAGUCUUGGAGAGAACCAACGACUAAGAUAGCUUAGCUCUCUGCUUUGUUCCGGGGAGCCAAGAGAAUGCAAGAUCCUGGUGGGUGAGCAGUGGUAUGAAGAGGGGACACUGGUGGGUGAACAGUGGCAUGGAAGUCACUGAUGCAGCCUCUGGCCCUCAGUCUCCCUAUCGGCAAAGUGGGGGGCUCUUCCUGUCUAUCUCUAAAGAGUUUCAUCCCUGACAGGUGGAUGAGUGAAAGAUCCAGGGAGUGGGGGUGAGGGGUGGGCUCUGAAGACUUUUUGUCUGUAGCUCUUGCAUAUUGAGUGUGUAAACCUGGCCUCUGGACCAACCCAAGAUGAAUAAACUGGGGCAGAGAAUUACA